AUCCCCAAAAGUGACUCGAUACAUCACAUGAGCCGCUGCCAGAGGCGGCCUGAGCUCCCUCCUCUGCCUGCUUCUGCGAACGAGGAGCCGUCUGAAGUCUAUCAGACGGUCAUGUCACACAGCUUUUACCCCCCCUUGAUGCAACGCACAUCGUGGACCCUGGCUGCACCCUUCAAAGAGCAGCACCACCAUCGUGGACCCAGCGAUUGCAUUGCCAACAAUUACUCCUUGACAGCUCAGGACCUGAAGCUGAAGGACCUGCUGAAGGUCUACCAGCCGGUCACCAUCAGUGUCCCUAGGAAAAGGGUCAUUCAGGAGUUCCCAUCAGGUAACUCAACAAAAAGCUCAGCAGAGCCCGAGAAGAAGAAAAUGAAGUCCAUCCCAAUAGACAAAACAGAUCAUACCAGGACCAAAUCCGCCCACAAGACCUUGACCUCCUCACCCCGGAAGAAGGAGGUGAUGACCUCUGAGACCCCCCCAGGAAGCAGACCAGCGAGCCCAGAAGAGCAGAUUAACAUGAUGUUACAGAAGGAGAUGGAAAUAGAAAGUAAAGAAGCCAAGCCAUCCAAAUCAGACUUGGAGAGAUAUGAUUAUUACUUGACCCAUGGAAUCCGAAAAGACAUGAUUGCCCCCGAGGAGGAUGAAGUGAUGGUUCGGAUUUCGAAGCUGAUUCCUAGCACUCUGCUGAUGAGUCCCUUCCUGGAACCCCUGGUGAACACCCUCAUGGAGGAGAAGGAAAGUUACUAUUACAACAGCCUCAUGAAAAGCAUCGUUGAUUACAUCCUCAUGGACCCAGAGGAGAAGAAGAGGCUCUUCAUCGAGAGCACCCCCCGCCUGUUCCCACAGAGAGCCAUCCGGGCGCCUGUGCCCUGGCACGGGGCCUACAAGAGCGCCAAGAAGUGGAACGAGGAGCACCUGCACACGGUGAACCCCAUGGUGCUCAUCCUGGAGCAGCUGUGGUUUGAAGAGUUCAGAGACCUCAGGUUUGUUCGAAAAGCAGAAUUACUGGCAGGGAAACUGCCUCUGCAGCCCCAGGAAUAUCAGGAUGUGAUCUGGAAGCACUGCAUGGAAGCACGCCAGGUCCUGCUCAGCAAGUGGAUCCCCACCUGUGCUCAGCUUUUUGUCUCCCAGAAGGAGCAGUGGAUCCAUUUUGCUCCCAGGAGUGACUACGACUCCUCCAGGAACAUCGAGGAAUUUUUUGCUUCUAUUGCAUCAUUCAUGUCACUCCAGCUCAGAGAGUUGGUCAUUAAGUCUCUUGAGGAUCUCGUCUCCUUUUUCAUGAUACACAAGGAUGGGAAUGACUUUGAAGAGCCCUACCAAGAGAUGGAGUUCUUUGUUCCUCAGCUAAUUAUGAUCAAACUUGAAGUCAGUGAGCCCAUUAUUAUCUUCAAUCCAUCUUUUGAUGAUUGCUGGGAGUUAAUACACAACUCUUUCUUGGAAAUUAUUGAAAACUCUAAGAGGAUCCCCAAGGUGGAAUCUUUCCUGUUCCCAGAGCUAAAAGGAUAUAACCUGGUUCUUGGAACCGUUAACCCUGAAGAAAAGCUGGUUUCUGACUACGUGGAUCAGGCUUUCCAGGUCUAUCAGAAAAACCAAGUCGGCCCCCACAAAUACUUAAAUGUCUACAGAAAGUAUGACGACUUAUUGGAUAACACGGCAGAGCAGAGCAUCACGGCAUUCCUGAAAGAAAAUCAUGAAAUUGAUGACUUUGUGACGAAGAUAAAUAGCAUAAAAAAGCGGAAAAACGAAAUUGCGUCCAUGCACAUUUCCGUGCCGCUGGCCAUGUUCUGCCUUGACACCAUGGCCCUCAAUUACGACCUCUGUGAGCGAGCCCAGAACCUGAAAGACCGCCUGAUUCAGUACCAAGUGGAUGUGAACCGGGACACCAAUGCCAGCAUUUGCCACCAGUACAGCAGCAUCGCAGAGAAAGUCAGCGAGAUCCCUGCCAACACCGAGGAGCUGGUGUCCCUCAUCGCGUUCCUCAGGAAAUCCAGCGACGUCACUGUGUUCAAACUCAGGAGGCAGCUGAGGGAUGCGGCCGAGCGGCUGGAGUUCCUGAUGGACUUCGCAGACUUGCCCCACGAGGACAUCAAGCUGAACAGCACCCUCUUCCUCUGGCCAGACCAGAUCGAAGAUGUCUUUGAAAACAGCCGAAACCUGCUCACGAGCAAGAGGGACCAGGCGGAGGUGGACCUCUUUAAAAGCCGGGACCCUAUGACUAUUGGAGAGCAGGAAAGUGCCACUGGGCCCUGGGUCACUGUGGUGAUCCGGCCAUCAGUAAGUAGAAAAGUGCGGCCUAUAGGCAACCCCCAGCUGCGCCUGAUCCGGGAGCAGGAAAGCAAGCCCAGCCUGCGGGCAACCCCCAGAUGUGCCUUCUCCCCGGGCACCAUGAGGAUCCAGGAGCAGGAAAGACCCCUCUUUGUGCUGAACGCUGAGGAGAUUGCGGAGGAAAUAGGGAAUAUGUGGAGGACAAUGUAUAAAUUGACCAAGACCUUAGCUGACAUACCUGCACCCAGGCGCUUGGCCGAGAACGUGAGGAUGAAGAUUGACAAGUUCAAGCAGCACAUCCCUAUUCUCAACAUUUCCUGUAACCCAGGAAUGAAGGACCGGCACUGGCAACAGAUUAGUGAGAUUGUCGGCUGUGAAAUAAAGCCCACGGAUACGACAUGCCUGGCCAAUAUGCUGGAAUAUGGAUUCAGCAAAUUCAUUGACAAACUGGAGCCCAUUGGAGCCACCGCCAGCAAAGAAUACUCCCUGGAGAAAAACUUGGAGAAGAUGAAGUCGGAAUGGGUCAACAUGACAUUCAGCUUCUCCAAGUACAGGGACACGGACAUGAGCAUCCUGUGUGCCGUGGAUGACAUUCAGCUGCUCCUCGAUGACCACGUGAUAAAGACACAGACCAUGUGCGGCUCCCCCUUCAUCAAGCCAAUAGAAACCGAAUGCCGGGUAAGGUGAAAGGGGCGAUUUUGUGACAUCCGGGACAGCCUGGAGGGAUGGCUAAUUUGCAUGCCAUCCUGGCUGUACCUGGAGCCGAUCUUCAGCUCCGAGGACAUCACAGCCCAGAUGCCAGAAGAGGGCAGGAAGUUCGCCAUCGUGGACGGGUACUGGAAGUCCCUCAUGUCCCAAGCGGUGAAGGAUCCCAGGGUCCUGAUGGCGGCCGACCAGCCCCGCAUGGCUGAGAAGCUCCAAGAAGCCAACACUCUGCUGGAGGACAUCCAGAGGGGGCUGAACGACUACUUGGAGAAGAAGAGGCUGUUUUUCCCCAGGUUCUUCUUCCUGUCGAACGACGAGCUGCUGGAGAUCCUGUCGGAGACCAAGGACCCGCUCCGCGUGCAGCCGCACCUGAAGAAGUGCUUCGAGGGCAUCGCCCGGCUGGAGUUCACCGACAACUUGGAGAUCGUGGGCAUGAUCAGCUCGGAGAAGGAAACCGUCCCCUUCAAACAGAUCAUCUACCCGGCUCAAGCCAAGGGCAUGGUGGAGAAGUGGCUGCAGCAGGUGGAGCAGAUGAUGCUGGCCAGCAUGCGGGAAGUCAUCCGACUGGGGAUUGAGGCGUAUGCCGAGGUCUCCCGUGACCAGUGGGUCCUGCAGUGGCCGGGCCAGGUGGUCAUCUGCGUCUCCUCCAUCUUCUGGACCCAGGAGGUGUCUGAGGCCCUGGAGGAAAGGACUCUGCCGGACUUCCUGAAGAAGAGCAAUGACCAGAUCGCACAGAUCGUCCAGCUGGUGCGAGGGAAGCUGAGCAGCGGGGCUCGCCUCACCCUCGGGGCCCUCACAGUCAUCGACGUCCACGCUCGGGACGUGGUGGCCAAGUUAUCUGAGGACAAAGUGUGCGACCUGCAUGACUUCCAGUGGAUCUCCCAGCUGCGCUACUACUGGCAGGCGAUGGACGUGCAGGUGCAGAUGAUCACCACUGAGGCCCUGUACGGCUACGAGUACCUGGGGAACAGCCCCCGGCUGGUGAUCACGCCCCUCACCGACCGCUGCUACAGGACGCUGAUGGGGGCUCUGAAGCUGAAUCUUGGGGGAGCCCCAGAAGGUCCGGCUGGGACAGGCAAGACAGAGACCACCAAAGAUCUGGCCAAGGCUUUGGCCAAGCAGUGUGUGGUCUUCAACUGCUCGGACGGCCUGGAUUAUAAAGCCAUGGGGAAGUUCUUCAAAGGGCUGGCCCAGGCCGGAGCGUGGGCCUGCUUUGACGAGUUCAAUAGAAUUGAGGUGGAGGUGCUGUCGGUGGUGGCACAGCAGAUCCUCAGCAUUCAGCAAGCCAUUAUGCGGAAGCUGAAGAUGUUCAUCUUCGAAGGCACGGAGCUCUCCCUCAACCCAACCUGCGCUGUCUUCAUCACCAUGAACCCCGGGUACGCGGGCAGGGCGGAGCUGCCCGACAACCUUAAGGCCUUGUUCCGGACAGUGGCCAUGAUGGUGCCGGACUACGCCCUCAUUGGAGAGAUCUCGCUCUACUCCAUGGGGUUUCUGGACUCCAGAAGGUGGAGUCCCGCCCUCUGCUUUGCCUUUCAGCUGUGUUUAAUGAGUGGAGAGAUCAUACAGAUGAGCUCCAAGAUGAGUCUGAUCUUCGAGCCGGCCGACCUGGAGCAGGCCUCGCCAGCCACCGUGAGCAGGUGCGGCAUGAUCUACAUGGAGCCCCACCAGCUGGGCUGGAAGCCCCUGAAGGACUCCUACAUGGACACCCUGCCCUCCACUCUCACUGAGGAGCACAAGGAGCUGGUCAAUGACAUGUUCAUGUGGCUUGUCCAGCCCUGCCUGGAAUUCAUUCGCCUCCAGUGUAAAUUUAUGGUCCAAACAUCUCCCACCCACCUUGCCUUCUCCAUGAUGAGACUGUACUCCUCUCUGCUUGAUGAAAUCAGGGACAUAAAGGAAGACGAAAGCGAAGGCUCUGAAGGCCUGACGAGCCAGCAGAUCUUCCUCUGGCUGCAAGGCCUGUUCCUCUUUGCCCUGGUGUGGGCCGUGGCCGGCACCAUCAACACGGACAGCAGGAAGAAGUUUGAUCUGUUUUUCCGGAACCUGAUCAUGGGCAUGGAUGACAGCAGCCCCAGGCCCAAAAGUGUCAAGCUCACCAAAAACAACAGCUUUCCAGAGAAAGGGAGCGUCUAUGACUUCUAUUUCCUCAAGCAAGGCAGUGGGCACUGGUACACGUGGACCGAGUAUGUCACCAAGGAAGAGGAGAGCAUCCCAGCCAACGCAAAGGUCUCGGAACUCAUCAUCCCCACCGUGGAGACAGCCCGGCAGACCUUCUUCUUGAAAACCUACCUGGACCAUGAGGUUCCAAUGCUAUUUGUGGGGCCCACAGGCACCGGCAAAUCAGCCAUCACCAACAACUUCCUGCUCCACCUUCCCAAAAAUAUCUACCUGCCCAACUGCCUCAAUUUUUCUGCCAGGACCUCAGCCUAUCAGACCCAGGACAUCAUCAUGUCCAAGCUGGAUCGGCGGCGGAAGGGCCUCUUCGGGCCCCCCAUCGGGAAGAAGGCGGUGGUGUUUGUGGAUGACCUCAACAUGCCGGCCAAAGAGGCAUACGGGGCCCAGCCCCCCAUUGAGCUUCUGCGGCAAUGGAUGGACCACGGUCACUGGUUUGACAAGAAAGACACAAACAAGCUGGACAUCGUGGACGUGCUGCUGGUGACAGCCAUGGGGCCCCCCGGGGGAGGAAGGAAUGACAUUACUGGGCGAUUCACCCGCCACCUGAACGUCAUUUCCAUCAACGCCUUUGAGGAUGACAUUUUAACCAAGAUUUUUAGCUCCAUUGCUAACUGGCACUUUGGGAAAGGAUUUGACGUGAUCUUCUUAAGGUAUGGGAAGAUGCUGGUCCAGGCCACUAUGACGAUCUACAAAGCUGCCGUGGAGAACUUCCUGCCCACUCCCUCCAAGUCACAUUACGUCUUUAACCUGCGGGACUUCUCCCGGGUGAUCCAAGGGGUGCUGCUCUGUCCUCACUCCCACAUGCAGGAGGUAGAGAAGCUUAUCCGGCUUUGGAUUCAUGAGGUCUAUCGGGUUUUCUAUGACCGGCUGAUUGACGAUGAGGACAGACAGGUCUUCUUCAACUUGGUGAAGGAAACCACCUCGAAUUGCUUCAAGCAAACCAUGGAGAAGGUUCUCAUCCACCUAUCACCCACUGGAAAGAUCGUCGAUGAUAAUAUCCAUAGCCUCUUUUUUGGAGAUUACUUCAAACCGGAUAGUGACCCCAAAAUCUAUGAUGAGAUCACGGACCUGAAACAGCUCACGGUGGUCAUGGAGUACUACCUAGAUGAGUUCAACAACAUCAGCAAGGCCCCCAUGUCCUUGGUCAUGUUCAGAUUCGCCAUUGAGCACAUCUCCAGGAUCUGCAGGGUCCUGAAGCAGGACAAAGGCCACUUGCUCCUGGUGGGCAUCGGGGGCAGUGGGCGGCAGAGUGCCAGCAAACUGUCCACAUUCAUGAACUCAUACGAGCUGUACCAGAUCGAGAUCACGAAGAGCUACUCCAGCCUCGACUGGCGGGAGGACCUGAAGAAGAUCAUGCUGCAGGUGGGCGUGGCCACCAAGCGCACCGUGUUCCUUUUCGCUGACAGCCAGGUCAAGGACGAGUCUUUUGUUGAGGACAUCAACAUGCUUCUGAACACGGGCGACGUGCCCAACAUCUUCCCUGCGGACGAGAAGGCCGACCUCGUCGAGAAGAUGCAAACAGCAGCCAGGACAGCCGGCGAGAAGAUUGAAGUCACCCCUCUGUCUAUGUAUAACUUCUUUAUUGAGCGGGUGAAGAAGAACCUUCACAUUGUCCUUGCCAUGAGCCCAAUUGGGGAUGCCUUUCGGAACCGCCUAAGAAUGUUCCCUUCACUCAUCAAUUGCUGCACGAUUGAUUGGUUCCAGUCCUGGCCCACAGAUGCCCUGGAGUUGGUGGCUAACAAAUUUCUGGAAGAUGUGGAACUUAAUGACAAUAUUCGGAGACAGGUCGUCUCCAUGUGCAAAUACUUCCAGGAGAGUGUGAAGGAGCUGUCACUCGACUACUACAACACGCUUCGCAGACACAAUUACGUCACCCCCACCUCCUACCUUGAGCUGAUCCUAACCUUUAAGACCCUCUUAAAUAGCAAGAGGCAAGAGGUUGACAUGAUAAGAAACCGCUACCUGACAGGCCUGCAGAAACUCCAGUUCGCAGCUUCCCAGGUGGCCGUCAUGCAAGUGGAGCUGACCGCACUCCAACCCCAGCUCAUCCAGACAUCCGAGGAGACCGCCAACAUGAUGGUGAGGAUCGAAGAGGAGACCAUAGAAGCCGAUGCCAAGAAGCUCCUGGUGCAGGCGGAUGAAAAGGAAGCCAACGCCGCUGCCUCCGUUGCUCAGGGCAUCAAGGACGAGUGUGAGGGGGACCUGGCCGAGGCCAUGCCAGCACUGGAGGCCGCACUGGCUGCGCUCGACACCCUGAACCCAGCGGACAUCUCCAUGGUGAAGUCCAUGCAGAACCCCCCCGGCCCCGUCAAGCUGGUCAUGGAGAGCAUCUGUGUCAUGAAAGGGCUGAAACCUGAGAGGAAGCCGGACCCCAGUGGCAGCGGCAAAAUGAUAGAAGAUUACUGGGGGGUAUCAAGAAAGGUUCUUGGCGAUCUGAAGUUCCUGGAGAGUCUUAAGACAUAUGACAAAGACAACAUCCCCCUAAUAAUCAUGAAACGGAUCCGAGAGAGAUUUAUCGACCACCCAGAUUUCCAGCCGGCCGUCAUUAAAAACGUGUCAUCUGCCUGUGAGGGUCUGUGCAAGUGGGUGAGAGCCAUGGAGGUGUACGACCGCGUGACCAAGGUGGUCGCUCCCAAGCGGGAGCGGCUGAGGGAGGCAGAGGGGAAGCUGGACAUCCAGAUGCAGAAGCUGAACCUGAAGAGAGCAGAGCUGAAGCUGGUGGAGGACCGCCUCCAGGCCCUGAACGAUGAAUUUGAGGAGAUGAACAUCAAGAAGAUGACCUUGGAAGAAAACAUUGAUAUCUGCUCCCAAAAGCUCAUCAGGGCAGAAAAGCUCAUCAGCGGUCUUGGGGGAGAGAAGGACCGAUGGACAGAGGCUGCCCGGCAGCUGGGGAUCCGCUAUACUAAUCUGACCGGGGAUGUGCUGGUGUCUGCGGGGACUGUGGCUUACCUAGGGGCCUUUACCGUGGAUUAUCGGGCCAAGUGCCAAAAUCAGUGGCUGGCCCAGUGUAGCAAGAGGGUCAUCCCCGGCUCCAGUGACUUCAGUCUCAGCAACACGCUGGGGGAUCCCAUAAAAACCCGAGCCUGGCAGAUGGCCGGGUUGCCUGUUGAUUCCUUCUCCAUCGACAACGGCAUCAUUGUGUCCAAUUCCAGACGCUGGGCCUUGAUGAUUGACCCUCAGGGGCAGGCCAACAAGUGGAUCAAGAACAUGGAGAAAGUGAACAAGCUGUCUGUCAUCAAGUUCUCGGACAGCAACUAUGUGAGGACACUGGAGAACGCCCUGCAGUUUGGCACCCCUGUCCUACUAGAGAACGUGGGGGCAGAGCUGGAUGCCUUCAUUGAGCCCAUCCUGCUCAAGUCCACAUUCAGGCAGCAAGGGGUCGAGUACAUGAGGCUGGGUGAAAACAUCAUCGAAUACUCCAAGGACUUCAAGCUAUACAUCACUACCCGCUUGAGGAACCCACAUUACCUCCCUGAAGUCGCUGUGAAAGUCUGCCUCCUCAACUUCAUGAUCACCCCCCUGGGCCUCCAAGAUCAGCUGCUUGGCAUCGUGGCUGCCAAGGAGAAGCCAGAACUGGAAGAGAAAAAGAACAAGUUGAUUGUGGAAAGUGCCAAGAACAAGAAGCAGUUAAAGGAAAUUGAAGACAAGAUCCUAGAGAUCCUCUCCUUGUCUGAGGGCAACAUCCUCGAGGAUGAGACUGCCAUCAAUGUUUUGUCCUCCUCCAAGGAGCUGUCUGAAGAGAUCUCCGAGAAACAGGAAAUUGCUUCGGUGACAGAAACACAGAUUGACCAGACUCGGAUGGGCUACAAGCCGGUGGCUGUCCACUCUGCCACCAUCUUCUUCUGUAUCUCUGACCUGGCCAACAUCGAGCCGAUGUACCAGUACUCCCUGAUAUGGUUCAUCAACCUCUACAUGCAGUCGCUGGUGCACAGCAAGAAGAGUGACGAGCUGGAGCUGCGCAUUGAGUACAUCAUUGAGUACUUCACCCUCAGCAUCUACAACAAUAUCUGCCGCUCUCUGUUUGAGAAGGACAAGCUGGUUUUCUCCCUCCUCCUGACCAUUGGCAUCUUGAAAGAGAAAAAGCUAAUUAACGAGGAAAUUUGGUACUUUCUCCUCACUGGCGGCGUGGCCCUGGACAACCCCUUCCCCAACCCAGUUUCUGAAUGGCUGUCUGAGAAAGCGUGGGCCGAAGUGGUUCGUGCAUCCUCAUUGUCAGGAUUGAAUGGCCUGAUGGAACAUUUGGAAGAAAAUGCUGAUAAAUGGAAGCUCAUCUAUGACUCAGCAUACCCCCACGAGGAGAAGUUCCCUGGCAUUUGGAAGUUCCUUCAAGGGUUGGAGAGAAUGGUGAUCCUGCGAUGUUUGCGGCCCGACAAGAUGAUCCCGGCCACCCGGGAGUUCAUUGCUGAGCACAUGGGCAACGUGUACAUUGAGACCCCUACAUUUGACCUCCAGGGGUCCUACAAUGACUCCAGCUGCUGCACACCCCUGAUUUUCGUGCUGUCUCCCGGCGCAGACCCAAUGGCAGGCCUGCUGAAGUUUGCGGAGGAUCUUGACAUGGGAGGCACCAAAACACAGAUCAUAUCCCUGGGCCAAGGCCAAGGCCCUAUUGCGGCCAAAAUGAUCAACAUCGCCAUCAAAGAGGGGACCUGGGUGGUCUUGCAGAACUGCCACCUGGCCACGAGCUGGAUGCCUGCCCUGGAGAAGAUCUGUGAGGAGGUGAUCGUCCCUGAGAACACCAACGUCAGCUUCAGACUCUGGCUGACCAGCUACCCCUCCGAGAAGUUCCCAGUCAGCAUCCUCCAGAACGGGAUCAAAAUGACCAACGAGCCUCCCAAAGGGCUGCGGGCCAACCUCCUGCGCUCCUACCUCAACGACCCCAUCUCCGACCCCGUCUUCUUCCAAAGCUGCACAAAGGCUGAGAUGUGGCAGAAGCUGCUGUUUGGCCUCUGCUUCUUCCACGCCAUCGUUCAAGAGCGGCGGAACUUCGGGCCGCUAGGUUGGAACAUCCCUUACGAGUUCAACGAGUCGGACCUGAGGAUCAGCGUGCGGCAGGUCCAGAUGUUCCUGAACGACUACAAGGACGUGCCGUUCGACGCUCUGACCUACCUGACAGGGGAGUGCAACUAUGGAGGCAGAGUGACCGACGACAAAGACAGGCGCCUCCUGCUGUCCCUGCUGUCCACCUUCUACUGCAAGGACAUCGAGCAGGACCACUACUACGUCGCCCCCGGAGACAUUUACUACAUCCCCCCCCACGGCUCCUACCAGUCCUACAUCGACUACCUCAGGAACCUUCCCAUCACAGCCCACCCAGGGGUGUUCGGCCUCCACGAGAACGCCGACAUCACCAAGGACAACCAGGAGACCAACCAGCUGUUUGAGGGGGUGCUGCUGACGCUCCCCAGACAGGCGGGCGCGAGCGGCAAGUCCCCUCAGGAAGUGAUUGAGGAGCUGACCCAGGACAUACUCUGCAAACUCCCCAAGGACUUUGACCUAGAAGUCGUCAUGAAGCUGUACCCUGUGGUCUAUGAGGAGUCCAUGAACACCGUCCUGAGGCAGGAGCUCAUCAGGUUCAACAGGUUGACCAAAGUGAUCCGGAAGAGCCUCAUCAGCCUGGUCCGCGCCAUCAAAGGGCAGGUCCUGAUGUCCUCGGAGCUGGAGGACGUCUUCAACAGCAUGCUCAUCGGCAAAGUGCCGGCCAUGUGGAUGGCCAAGUCCUACCCGUCGCUGAAGCCGCUGGGCGGCUAUGUGGCCGACUUGCUGGCCCGCCUGACCUUCUUCCAGGACUGGAUCUCCGGCGGGCCCCCUGUGGUCUUUUGGAUCUCCGGGUUCUACUUCACGCAGUCAUUUCUGACGGGGGUCUCCCAGAACUAUGCCCGGAAGUACACCAUCCCCAUCGACCACAUUGGGUUUGAGUUUGAGGUGACCACACAGGAAGCCGCCAUGGAGAGCAGCCCGGAAGACGGGGCCUACAUUAAAGGGCUCUUCCUAGAAGGCGCUCGCUGGGACAGGAGCACGCAGCAGAUCGAGGAGUCUCUCCCCAAAAUCCUCUACGACCCACUGCCCAUCAUUUGGCUGAAGCCCGGGAAAAGUGCAGCGUUUCUGCACCAGGACAUAUACGAGUGUCCAGUCUAUAAAACAAGCGCCCGGAGGGGCGUCCUGUCCACCACGGGCCACUCUACCAACUACGUCCUCUCCAUCGAACUCCCCACGGACAGGCCCCAGAAGCACUGGAUAAACCGCGGGGUGGCCUCCCUGUGCCAGCUGGAUAACUGA